GCAUUUCAAGUGUCGGACGCAUGACGCCAGAGGGCUGCUAGAGUCUGAGCCAAUCACAAAGUUCAGAACGACUGACGCACAUACGUCAUGAACUUGCAGGCCUACGUGACGCGCGAGUCGUGACUCGUGAAUCAACUGAUGCUGUGUGUAAAUGAACUCUUUACCUGAUUUCCCAAGAUUUCCACGCCGCGAAAUGUAUGAAGAAAUGUCAGUAGAAAGAAACUGGACGGACACCGAGACGAAGGCGCUGCUGUACAUCCGACAGGACGAAGAAAUCAGUAGGCAAAUCAGCGGAACGGUUCGCGAUUCUCUUAUUUACGCUGAAAUAUCAAGGCUUCUCAAGGCGCAAGGGAUCCACAGAACCAAGCGACAGGUCACCACCAAACUGAAAACACUCAAGCAGAAGUUCCUGAAAAUACUCGAGCAUCACAAAAACAACGGGCACGGCAGAGUGUACUGGAAUUAUUAUGAUCUCUGCAAGUCCAUUUGGGGCAGCCACCGCCACGCGGACGCGUUGACACUUCAUAACAACGUGAAACUCGAAGAGCCCCAGAGUACGUCCAUCGAGGACACCCGAAAUGAGAGCAGAUCCACUGACAUCGAGGUGUUAGUCAGUCACGACGAGGAGACGGAUGACACGGCAGACGUGGUCGCUCAACCUGUGAGGAAGAAGGCCAAAAAACAUUCCAUUACCGACUCUGUGAGAGAUCAAGAACCUCUCCAUGUGCAGAACCAGAGGGAGUAUGAGGAACGCUUGCGAAGGGAAGCCAGAGAGGAACAGAAGGAGGAACGGGCGAGUCUGAUGGCCAUGUGGAAGGAGAUGAUGGAGUUUCAAGGGAACAUCUUAAAGGAGUUCAUACACCACCCAUCUCUGCCUUCAUAUCCAUCUUACCACAGACAUGCUCUUCACAACCAAGCACGCUCUAGUUUUCCAAGCACUAGCUACAUGCCACUGUACGACUCGCCAGGAGCUGAAACUGAGAAUGAAAGUGCAAUCUCACAUGAAGAAGAGGAGGAGGAGGAGGAAGAGAAAUACAUUAUUCCAGCUGAGAUUGCACCUGUGUUGGACGUUCAGCCUGUUAACCGUGCGAACGACAGCCAAUCAAACACAGCAGAGACUGUUUCACCCCCGCCUACACAAUCAGCAGGAAAGAGCGAUCUGGAGAUGUCUGUGCUACGCAGACAGGAAAGAGUCUUACAGCUUCAGGAAGAGUACUAUUCACUCAAAAUCAACUAUCUGAAACACAAGAUGGCCAAGGAUCCAUGACAGAAUGCUAAAGAGGAGUGUUAACCCUUUUGCUCUUUCAAGCUGUGAAAACUUGCAAAUGUAGAUGUUCUCAGCUGGACUGUUGAAAAUAUCACUGCACCUCAUAUUCCUUGUAAUUCUUAUUACAUAUUUUGACCAGUAGAUGGCAAGGUGGUUACUUCAUAUAUUUCCUGGUGUCAUUAGACAUGUGAAUUACAGCUAAGGCUGGGCUUUAAAUAUAUGAAAAUAUUUAUAUAAAUUUGCUCAUUUUUAUGGCAGUUUACUAGCAGUUGUUUGCAAAAUUGUCUCCAUUUUCUCCACUAAACGUUACUGGUCUUAUUAUAAGUGAUUCAUUAGUUUGUUGUGUAACAAUCAAUCACACAAUUAUGUCGCAAUCAAUUCCUGAUGGAUAACAGUCUUGCUUUACCUUUUAUGUUCCCAUUUAAGGUUCUGUUUAGCACAUUAUGGCAGUAAAAUGGGUUGCAAAUGCAGUUUAAUGUUGACUAUAGGAACUACCGUGAGCUAGAUGUUACACUUCUAAUGUGGAGUAUGUCCGUUACCAUUAUUUUUCAUUAAAUUAAUGAAAACCAGCGAGGAGUCAGAAACAUAGUAUUCAAAAUACUAAAUCAAAAGCAAAAGUCUUUUUCAAAGAAUUGUUUAAAGCAGGGAUUCCCAAACUAUUUUGUCCGUCAAACCCCCUUUGAACUAAAAUAUUUUCUUGAGAUUUUAAAUUAU